GCUUAUGAUACCAAAACAAGACAGAAGGUGGCAGUAAAAAAGCUUUCAAGACCUUUCCAAUCACUUAUUCACGCCAGGAGGACCUACCGAGAGCUUAGGUUGCUUAAGCACAUGAAGCAUGAGAACGUUAUAGGAUUGCUAGAUGUUUUUACACCUGCAUCAUCAAUAGAAAAUUUUAAUGAAGUGUAUCUUGUGACAAAUUUAAUGGGUGCUGACUUGAAUAACAUUGUGAAGUGCCAGAAGUUAACAGAUGAUCAUAUACAGUUUCUCAUCUAUCAGUUACUUCGAGGUCUUAAGUAUAUUCACUCAGCUGGAAUCAUCCACAGGGACCUGAAGCCCAGUAACCUAGCUGUAAAUGAAGACUGUGAAUUGAGGAUCUUAGACUUUGGUUUAGCUCGACAAACUGAUGAUGAAAUGACUGGAUAUGUUGCGACAAGAUGGUACAGAGCUCCAGAAAUUAUGUUAAACUGGAUGCACUACAAUCAAACAGUUGACAUCUGGUCAGUUGGGUGCAUCAUGGCAGAGCUAUUGAAAGGAAAAGCCCUAUUUCCAGGAAAUGAUUAUAUCGAUCAACUAAAGAGAAUAAUGGAAGUUGUGGGCACACCCAGUUCAGAACUUCUGAAGAAGAUAUCAUCAGAACAUGCAAGAAAAUACAUUGAAUCUCUUCCACAUAUGCCUCAACAGGAUUUGAAAGCAGUAUUUCGUGGUGCCAAUCCAUUAGCUGUAGAUCUUCUUGAGAAGAUGCUUAUACUAGACAGCGAUAAAAGAAUUACUGCCUCAGAAGCACUUGCACAUCCAUACUUUGUACAGUAUCACGAUCCAGAUGAUGAACCUGAGGCUGAGCUGUAUGAUGAGUCAAUAGAGAACAAGGAGAGAACCAUAGAUGAAUGGAAAGAACUUACCUAUGAAGAAGUCAUUAGCUUUAAACCCCCCGACUUAAAAAUGGAUAGCCUGGAGAUAGAACAGUGAAUAUGGGCAGCUCUGUCUUGCCUUGCUGCACUAUGAAGACUGUUAAAAUAUAACCUUACAAUUUAACCUGUGGUCAGACGUAGAUUUUACUAUCCAAAGAUGUUGGAGAAGAUGUGGAAAAGCAGAUGCAUUAUACAGAAGCCAGAUGUUGUCUGUUUUGGGUGGGGGUUUUUUUGCCUUGUAAUAUGAAUGUAUUCCCAGUUCACAGAGGGUGAUAAAGAACUGCUUCAAUCUGACAUAAUCAUGCACUGAGUUCUGUCGAGCUGUGUGUUCUGCAUGUCUCAUUUUAUCAGUUCUAUUGCCAAAAUAAAGGUGACUUUUAAAAUUAAUUUUAAAUUUGUACAUUUAAAGCAUGAAUGUGUACAAACAUAAACACAGAAAUCCAUACGAGCAUCCAGGUUUUUUUCUGGCAUUUUAUCUGUCCGUUU